AUGAGAGCCUUGGUGGUCACCGUUGUGGCAUUCCUUGCAUUUGCCCGUUGUGAGGAGGGGGCAAGGCUGCUUGCUUCCAAGUCACUUCUGAACAGAUAUGCUGUUGAGGGCAAAGAUUUAACAUUGCAAUAUAAUAUUUACAACGUAGGCUCCAGCGCUGCUCUUGACGUGGAUUUGUCUGAUGACUCUUUUCCUCCAGAAGAUUUUGGCAUUGUCUCUGGAAUGCUCAAUGUGAAAUGGGACCGAAUAGCACCAGCAAGUAAUGUCUCCCACACUGUGGUGCUGAGGCCCCUCAAAGCUGGAUACUUCAAUUUUACCUCUGCCACAAUCACUUAUGUAGCUCAAGAAGGAGGCCAGCCUGUGGUUGGUUACAGCAGUGCUCCUGGACAAGGAGGAAUUCUAGCACAAAGGGAGUUUGACAGGCGAUUCUCACCUCAUUUUCUGGACUGGUCGGCUUUUGGUGUGAUGACCCUCCCUUCUAUUGGGAUCCCCUUGUUGCUCUGGUACUCCAGCAAGAGGAAAUAUGACACCCCAAAGACCAAAAAGAACUGA